AUGAAGAACGUGGUCGGCCUGUGCCUGAUCCAGAUUCUAGCUCUCUGUUGGGGAGAUAGCUUGGCUUCAACGGAGCAAUCUAGGUACUGUGUAGGAGUUUCCGAUUCUGAGUUCGUGUGCUCCGAUGAUCCGAUCGGUACCCUUUUGAGUGCACUGUCUGGAGAAGACCCGAACCUCCGAGCGCCUCAAUUUAUCCCAGGCGUCCCCCAACGAAUCGACGGUACUGAUGCCGAACAGGCAGCAAUCAAGGAUGUGUUGGAUAGGAUGGACAAAUACUUCUUCGAUGAAAUUUUUUCAAAUCCUGAGUACAAAGAGGUGCGAUCUGAGUGUUGGAACACCAACGAGCUUUGUGGCUUUUGGGCGGCAAUUGGUGAAUGUGAAUCUAAUCGAGUCUUCAUGCUACCAAAUUGUGCGGCUGCAUGUCGCUUUUGUUUGCUGCUACAUACGAAUAUUGGGGAAGAAUAGGGGCAUUGGUACCGAGCAGGUCGACUACUAUUGAAUAGCUCCCUUUCUUAGAUAAAUGGACCUCCGACGUCGAACAAGUACGGCACCCUUUUUUGGUAAAAAUCUUGUCAUGUUCACAGUCAGUCUGGUUGAAUUCCAGGAUUACGACUACAAGACUCAAUCCCUGACCUGAAGAGGCCUCGUCCUUGAUAAUUCGCCCCUUUAUUUCUGAUCUCAGCUUCGUGAAGAUGAGCACAGUGAUCUUUUCUUUGUCGAAAGCGCCUUCCUUAUCCUGGGCCUCUCUGCUCUAGAGAAGGAAAUACGUUUUUUUUUACCAUGGACUCGCAAUUGAUCGAUUCUCCUCGAGGUGAAACUCGUUCGGCUUUCACAUGGCUCAUUAUAGAGAUGAGAGGUGCGACUAGCUAGCAUUCCCCUUUGUCCGGAUAUCCUUUGCUUACAUAGCCUGUAACCAACAGGAUAUACCCCGCGUUCGUUGACAGAAUAGCUGUCUUCUUUGUUGCACUAGAAUACAGCUGUGACACGAGAGUUGGACUUUUUCCCGACAGUUUCAACAGGAUAAACUUCGCACUCAUCGGUAGAAUAGGUCGAUGUCUUUUAUGUUGCAUUUU